AUGUCUCCAAUACAGUCGGAAGUGUUCUCAGUCAGCUUGCAACCGUCAAAGACAAAGCAGUUUGUUGCGCUGGUCAGAAAGGACUGGAGACUCAAGACACGUGAAUGGCUCCUCACCUUCGUAGCCGUGUUUGUGCCAUUGUUCCAGAUGUCAAUCUUGUUGAUCUUACAAAGUGCAUUGCUCAAACGACCAGACUCAAAUCCACAGCCAACCCAGUUCCCAAAACUAACGACACUAUGCACCUCAUGUGUCCACGUCGCAUACGUGAACGACUCGACAACAAUCAAUUCAGUCAUCACGCAACUACAAUCCCUGAUUCUCGCCAACGAACCAACAGCCGUAUUCCAAGCUUUCGAUUCCGAAACAAGCUUGAGGACAUAUCAGGUCGCAAACACAGUCGUAGCAGGUGUCGCAUUUACAAAUGUCAGCUCAGCUUUGACUGGUGGAGCUGGUCUCUCAACAUAUACCAUAUACGCCAACGAAACCGUGUUUACGUCGGGGUAUGCCACGUCACGGUUUACGACGUUGCAGUUGUAUGUAGACAGGGUGCUAGUGAAUUUAGCUCGUAGUGCAAAGGGAUUGGCUGCUUUGCCGAAUCCUUUGAACUAUACAAGUAGCGCCACUGGAAUUACGUAUACGUAUGUAGCAGGUGCUUUAGCUUCGAGUAUCGCUUAUCUAGCACCGUAUUAUCUGGCGUUCUCGAUGCAGCCAAUCUCAGCCAAUGUACAGAUACGUCUUGCUAAUGAAAAACAUAAAGGAGUCAAGCCAUUUUUGAUACUCAUGGGGUUGGACUCCACGGUUUACUUGUUUUCUGCAUGUUUUUCGGAGUUCUGCUUUGCCAUCCCAACAAUCUUACUAGCCACACUACUCCUAACCGUGGGCAACAUCAUUAUCUACUCAUCACCACUAUGGACAUUCUUGUGUCUCUUCUUGUACCUCCUCAGCUUGUUAUCUCAAGGUGCUCUCCUCUCAGCAUUCGUAUACAAUCCACGGGUCGUGUCACUGUCAUCGAACUUAUUCAUGGCUGUGAAUUUGGUCGUCUAUGCUCUGGGAGCCCUAUACGUAUGGGGACGACCAGCAAAACUAAGCUUAAGCUGGAUUAUGAUGCUUCUACCAGGCGUAGCAUUUGCACGAGGAAUCGACAUAUUACAACAAUCCGAUCUAAAUCUGGCUGGUAUUACCUUAUCUAACGUCUCAACCACCGAAAUGCCCAAAGUGCUGGGUAUGCUGACCCUCGAUAUUGUCAUAUGGUGGUUUUUGGCUUGGUAUGUCCAAUUGCGAUACCCUGGCAUGAAUGGGCCAGGACUCAGUCGUACAUUCUUCCUCUCCUCGGAAUUCUGGUUUGGCCCUAAAAGUGACACGACAUCCAACAAGGAAAUGCCAUUAUCUGAAACCGUGUCGCCAAAUAUUGACCCAGUAGAUUUGAGUGCUAUACCACAGGAAUCACGUAAUAUCGCAGCAUUGUCUCAUGUGGUUAAGGUGUUUACGGGUAGCUCUGAUGACGAGGGGCAAGUGAAGGGAGGGAUUACUCGGCUGAUUGAGCUUUUUAAGGCGAAAGACGAAACGAGAGCCAUUGAUGAUGUCUCGCUAUCGCUUAAUCAAGGUCAGAUUGUGGGUGUUUUGGGCCAUAAUGGCAGUGGAAAGACGACUCUUUGUAAUCUGCUAUGUGGGUUGAUGGUUCCCACAUCCGGGAGUGUAUUUUGGAAGAUCCAAAAACCAGACGGAACUUACAACAUUCUCGAUACCCGUAAUCCGCUCGGGUUAAACGUCAUUCGACAAAACUUGGGUAUAUGCACCCAAAAAGAUGUCCUGUUUGAUUCCUUGACAGUACACGAACACCUGGAACUCUUUGCCGCUGUAAAAGGAGUAAACGUAGAUGAUCUAGACGCGUACCUGGAUGCGCUGAUAGCUGAUGUUGGACUGGAAGACAAUAGUAGUAAGAGAGCAGCUGGGUUGAGUGGUGGACAAAGGAGGAGGUUGGGAGUUGCACUUGCGAUAUUGGGUAAUCCAUCGCUGAUUCUGUUCGAUGAGCCGACUACAGGAAUGGACAUCAAUGCAACACUCCAUUUCUGGGAACUUUUACAAGUAAUCAAAGCAAACAAGACCAUCAUUCUAACCACACACAGUAUGGAAGAAGCUGAAAUCCUCUCGGAUCGCAUACUGGUGCUUUCACACGGUGGUAUCCAAACACUCGGCACCACAUCAUUCCUCAAGAAACGCUUCGGCAUUGGAAUGCAUCUCGUAGUUGACUUCAAACAGGACAGUGAAUCACCUAUUCGAGAAGUCUUGGCCAUUACUAACUCCCACUUCCCAUCAUCAACAAUCAGCAAAUCAACUGCCAAUUCUGUAACGUUUACACUACCGCCAUCAGACGAUACCAGUAAACAGAUGCCGGCGCUGUUGAAGGAGCUUGGUGACGGCAUGCGAUCUGGUAAAAUCAACAAUGUGGUUGGGGUUGGUGUGGGAGGAACGUCGCUGGAGGACGUGUUUCUGAAUCUACGGGAUGCUGAGUCUCAUUCUACAUAA